AAGAGAACUCACUGCUGCUCUGACUGUGGGAAGAGAUUCACCUCCUCAUCAGACAUUAAAAUUCAUCAGAGGAUCCACACAGGAGAGAAACCUUUUAGCUGUACUCACUGUGGGAAGAAUUUUACUACAUCAAGCCAUCUGACAGUCCACCAGAGAACACACACAGGAGAUAAACCUUAUAGCUGUGAUCAAUGUGGGAAGAGUUUUACUACUUCUAGCUAUCUGACAGUGCACCAGAGAACACACACAGGAGAGAAACCUUAUAGCUGUGAUCAAUGUGGGAAGAGUUUUACUACAUCUGUCUCUCUGACUUUACACCAGAGAACACACACAGGAGAGAAACCUUAUAGCUGUGAUCAAUGUGGGAAGAGUUUUGUUCGAUCUAGCUCUCUGACAGUGCACCAGAGAACACACACAGGAGAUAAACCUUAUAGCUGUGAUCAAUGUGGGAAGAGUUUUGUUCAAUCUAGCUCUCUGACAGUGCACCAGAGAAUACACACAGGAGAUAAAUCUUAUAGCUGUGAUCAAUGUGGGAAGAGUUUUGUUCAAUCUAGCUCUCUGACAGUGCACCAGAGAACACACACAGGAGAUAAACCUUAUAGCUGUGAUCAAUGUGGGAAGAGUUUUGCUCACCGAAGCAAACUUAAAAUACACCAGAGAACACACACAGGAGAAAAACCUUAUAGCUGUGAUCAAUGUGGGAAGAGUUUUACUACAUCUAGCUCUCUGACUAUACACCAGAGAACACACACAGGAGAGAAACCUUAUAUCUGUGAUCAAUGUGGGAUGAGUUUUACUACAUCAAGCCAUCUGAUUCGACACCAGAGAACACACACAGGUGAGAAGCCUUAUAGUUGUAAUCAUUGUGAGAAGAGUUUUCCUACAUCUAGCCAGCUGACUUCACACCAGAGAACACACACAGGAGAGAAACCUUAUAGCUGUGAUCAAUGUGAGAAGAGUUUUACUACAUCUUGCUCUCUGACUGUACACCAGAGAACACACACAGGAGAGAAACCUCAUAGCUGUGAUCAA